AAGAUAAAAUGCGAUCUUAAUGUGGUAACGUUAGGCCCGAGUGAAUUUCAAACUGAACCUCAUUAAAUAUUCAGUGCGGUAGUCUUGAACGCAAAUUUUUAAUCAGCCGUAUUUUAUCGUAACAUCUGCGCACUUCUGCGUUCGUUCAAUAAUUCAGAGCAUUGAAAGACACGGCACACAGAUGACCUUAUUCAAAAUCGAAAAAGGGAUCGAACGUCCGUUGCAUGUUACCCAUUUCACAGCCUAGUUGAAAUUAUUCCUGCCGUGCGCUGCAAGAGAAAGAAGGUCGUUUUCGCCGCAACAGCGAAUUUUAAUAUGCCGUUAACAGCGUUGAGUUUAGGGUAUGAAAUACAUAGAUAUAAGAAAGAUAAAACGAAAUCAGAGAAACGGAAAAGCGAUGAUAGUGGAGUUGCCAACGACGAAAUUGCAUCAACGAGAGCUUCACCAAAUAAUUACGAUGCAACAUCAGACGACUCUUUGAAUUCAAACGCAUCAUAUUCCAGAGGCCGGAAAAGAAAACGACAUCGGAAAAGAAGAAGUACAUCCCGAAGCUCGUCCUCCGAGAGUCGAGGCCAUGGAAAACGAUGUUGCAAAUGUAGAAGAAAAAUUCGAAAGCGCCGGAAGCAUAAGACAAAAUCUAACCAGGCCUCGAAACGUCCCAAACACAGACGACGAAGAAAAUCCAUUUCCAGCGAACGAAGCAGCUCGUAUGACGACUUGGACAAACACUCUUCACCAAAAUCAAGAUCUAGUCGUUCACGCACUCGCUCUCGCACGAAGACAAAGUCACCAAGCCCAAAAGAAGAAAAUCAGCAAAGUCGUUCUCGAAGUCGCAGUCCGUCAAUUCCCCUUGAUCCAAGAAGAAAAUCGCCUUCACAUUUGGAAGCAAGGAGAAUAACUAGCGCCCGAAAGCGUCCUAUACCCUAUGAACGAAAAUGGAUCAGCGAUAGCAGCAGCGCCUCCAGCGAUUAUGAUAGCGAUGAUUAUGCGAGUAGCAGAGGGCGCUCAAGAUACACCCGCUCCCGAAGAAGUUAUUCGAAAUAUUCAAGCGACUCUUCUCUAUUCAGUGAUUGAAUUCCUUUUCCUAGGAACGUUUAUUAAUUAAUUUAACCAAUGUCAGGCAUUUUCAAAGUUCCUCGCCAAGAUUACAACUUUAUGACAAAUUUGUAAUUAAACAUGCUUUAGCAUCAGUGUUCAUUAUUAAGUUCCAGUACUCCACUUUAUAGGAUGAGCGUCGACGCUUGCACUCUAUUUGAAGAAUCACAUAAUCUAUAUGAAAAUCCCUACCCAAGAAAGGGAUAAUAACUACAAUUUCACGUAGCAAUAUUGAUCUAUAACUCAGUUCUGCUGUUACCAGCGGAAAAAGUCAGAAAAAAAAUCUAUAUUUCAUAAAAAUCUGACAGUUAAACGCACUGUGUAGAAAUUUGUAAAUGACCGUUUCCUUUCAGCAUAAAACUACCAAUUUCUGAUGAUGAUGCUGAUGAUACCGUUUCAGUGUUUUUACUUUUUGUAUGUUGUAUGAAUCACAUAUUUACCUAAUCUAAUGUUGAAAUCAUCGGUUCAUGAAAUUCGUAAAAUUGUUUAAUUACUUAACUUAUAUUCUCCAUCAUUUCAUUUUUAUCAUUUUGUGAUUUUUAUUUUAUUAUUCUUUUCCAUAAUGUUUUUUUUUAAUAAUUUAUUUGUUGUUAUUAUUGUUGUUGCUGUAACCUACCCACCUGCUUUUCUCAAGGUAUUGAUUGAUUCACUGUAAAUAAAAUUUUACUACAAUAACUAGAAUAUUAUUUUAAGAAAAUUGUUUUCUGUCUCGGAUGCGUAACAGAUUGAAAACAACUUGAGAAAGAAAAAA